AUUUCAAAAUAACUAUCGUAUUCCCUCCGUUUGCGAGAAUGGCUAAACAUCAUCCAGAUUUGAUCUUUUGUAGAAAACAAGCUGGUGUUGCUAUUGGAAGAUUGUGCGAGAAAUGUGAUGGAAAGUGUGUGAUCUGUGACUCAUAUGUGAGGCCUUGCACACUGGUGCGCAUCUGUGACGAGUGCAACUACGGGUCGUACCAGGGGCGCUGUGUCAUAUGUGGAGGUCCCGGGGUGUCUGACGCUUACUACUGCAAAGAGUGCACCAUCCAGGAGAAAGACCGAGAUGGAUGCCCCAAGAUUGUGAACUUGGGCAGUUCAAAGACUGACCUUUUCUAUGAACGGAAGAAGUAUGGCUUCAAGAAGAGGACCUGAGCCCUAGGACCAUGCCUCAGGACUACCUGACAUGAUGACUCCUUGCUGUCCCCAGUCCACCUGACCGUGCUGCUGCUCUAGUUUCAACUGUUCUGCCUUAUUAUUAUUCGACCAUGCUGGUCAUUUAUGAACAUUUGAACAUCUUGGCCAUGUUCUGUUAUAAUUUCCACCCGGCACAGCCAGAAGAGGACUGGCCACCCCACAUAGCCUGGUUCCUCUCUAGGUUUCUUCCUAGGUUUUGGCCUUUCUAGGGAGUUUUUCCUAGCCACCGUGCUUCUACACCUGCAUUGCUUGCUGUUUGGGGUUUUAGGCUGGGUUUCUGUACAGCACUUUGAGAUAUCAGCUGAUGUAUGAAGGGCUAUGUAAAUAAAUUUGAUUUGGUUUGAUUUAAAUGGCUUUAAGCUAUAUCACCACCAUCUAGUGGCCACAAAUGAAUGACACAAGAUGUGAUUCAGGACUCCAGCACUGCGGGUCACGGUAAAUCACCAUUUUAACCUUUAUGCUUUUUUUUAACACAAAAUAAGAACAUUGACUUCUUCAAAACGGAGAUGGCCUCAAUGGCAAGUAUGGGUAACUGCAUUCGUGGAGUAUUGCUGCGUUCAAAACAACUCAAGAAAAAAAAACUAGCUCUGACUGGGGGAAAAGAUAAGAGGUUUUGAACGGUCAUUCAACUCGGAAUUCCAAGUCAGGAACUUGGGCCUAUUUCUAGAGCUCUAACAUUCUGACCUAAGAUGACUGACGUCAUGAUUUGAACUUUUUUCUACAAGUUCACAGUUAACUUAAAAGCACCAUGUGGCCUCCUGAGUGGCGUACCGGUCUAGAGGCGUCACUACAGAUCGGGGUUCGAUCCCAGUCUGUGUCACAGCCGGCCGCAACCUGGAAACCGAUUAGGUGGCAUACAAUUGGCCCAGCGUCGUCUGGGUUAGGGAGGGUUUGGCCGCCUGGGAUGUCCUUGUCCCAUCGCGCUCUAGCACCUCCUUGUGGCGGCCGGGCACAUGCACGCUGACGAGGAUGUCGACUGUAGGGUGUUUCCUCUGACACGUUGGUGUGGCUGGCUUCUGGGUUAAGCAAGCAGUGUGUCAAGAAGAAGUGCGGCUUGGCGGGGUCGUGUAUUGGAGGUCGCAUGGCUCUCAACCUUCGCCUCUCCUGACUCCGUACAGGAGUUGCAGCGAUGGGUAACUACCAAUUUGAAUAUCACAAAAAAGGGGUAAAAAAAAUAAAAGCACUAUGUGUCUAAAAGUGGGCAUUGCGAAAUAAGUGGGAGGGUCAACAUAUGGAAACAACAGGAAAUUGAGCAGAUUGGUUGCAACGCAAGACAAAUAAAAUUGUAUUUGUUGCGUACACAGUUUAGCGGGUGCAGCGAAAUGCUCAUGUUCCCAGUUCCUAUCAAUCAAUGCAGUAAAUGUCCACAAGCACACAAUAAAUCCAAAAUGUGAAAGAGAGCGACCCGGCUUUAAGUAUUUUACUGGUUUGUGACUAACUGACACCGCCCCCGGUUAGAGGGGCAUAAAGCAGUCCAAGAGUUAAUACACCCCGGAACUUUAUUCAGUCACAGUAGAAGAUGAACAUGGGAUGCAAAGUGGGAGAGAUAGUGGAAUAGUAGUGGUUCUGUAACAGGAGAAACAGAGUCAUAAUCCAGUCCAAUGUACACAAUACUAUAACUGAGAGUACAAGUAGAGCAACAAGGCUAUGAGCAAGAGAAGGAUUGUAUGCAAAUGUAUAUGCUACCUGCAGGGUAGAGUACCCAGUGGUAGACGGCUGGUGAAUGAGGGACAGAGUACUGGGGGAGGCCGUCUAGCAGUUGCUGUUGAACAGUUUGAUGGCCUAGGGAUAGAAGCUGGGUAUCAGUCUCUCGUUCCCAGCUUUGAUGCACCUGUACUGUCUCCGCCUUCUAGACAGUAGUAAGGUUAACAGUCCGUGGCUCGGGUGGCUGAGGUUCUUGAUGAUCUUCUUGGCCUUCUUCUGACACCAGGUGCUGUUGAUGUCCUGGAGGGCAGGCAGUGCCCCCGAUGGUGUUUUGGGCUGACCACACCACCCCCUGGAGAGCCCUGAAGUUGUUGAUGGUGCAAUAAAGCCCGACAGGAUGCUCUCAAUGGUGCAUCUGUAGAAGUUUGUGAGGGACUUUGGUCCUGCUUGCUGUUUUCUUGUAGCAUUUUAGCUAAACUGUUUAGGAUUAUUAACGUGGGAGGUUCGGAGAAGAGUUCGGGUUAGGCUUAGCUAAAACGCUAUGAGGAAAUAACAAAACGGACUCGAGUAUCAACCAAUCAGCUAUUAUGUUUCCAUACCCCCACGUAUGUUGUUCCUCCCAAUUAUUUUGCAACACCACUGUCAGAAACAUUCCAAAUAUGCAGUUAUUUGACUCCUCUAUAGUCCUGCCUAUGCUGUCAGACACCAUAAUGAGACAAAUAUAAAGAUGAGUCCUCUAACUAACUCUAUGGUUGGUCCCAUCGCAUAACCUCAUGGACUACCCACUGGGCAGAUGUCAGUUCAAUGUCUAGUUAAGAUUUAAACCUUUUGUUGAGUUAAAUUCAGCUUUUGUGGUUUCUCCCAGUCUCAGAGAGACUUAUGCAACAGUGACUGAAUGUGUUAACACCUGGCAUGGCCAGAGUUUUUUUUUAAGCCCAGUAAAAUGCCAUAAAUGCCCUAAUGUUGACUUUUUGCAAGUCCAAUCAGUUUGCCAUGUUGAUUCAACGUCACAAUGAUUUUUUUUGUGUGGAAAUGACAUGGAAAUAACAUUGAUUCAACCAGGUAAAAUGUCAUGUUUCAUGGGUCAAUUGUGACUGACUGACUUACAAUAAGUAAUGAGUAGUUAUUUAUGAUGCAAGGUUCGUUGUAGAUCGGUCAGUCGAUAGUCAGCUGCAAUUUCAAUCAAGCCCUAUUAUAUAUAUAUAUCCCAUUUAGCAGACGCUUUUGUCCAAAGCGACUUACAAGUCGGCUGGGGCCACUACUUUUACAUAUGGGUGGCCCUAGCGGGAAUCGAACCCACGACGCUUGGCGUUGCAAGCGCCAUGCGCCAUGCUCUACCGACUGAGCCACACAGACUCAGCCACACAGGCUCAGGCUCGGUCUUUGCCAGUUCCUCAUCAUUUCUUCCUCCCUAUCUCCCCCAACAGAUGGCAUCGUUUCAGAGGCUUAUACAACAGUGACAAUGCGUUACACAACACCUGGCAUGGACAGAAGUUUAUUUUAAGGCCAAGUAAAAUGCCAAAAAAGAGCCAAUGGAUAAACUCUGUCCUGAAAGGCUAUUCAUGGUGUGUUCCUUUGUCUGGCUGGUUUCUUCUAAAGACUCAUGUCUGUCAGCUUUUACCCAGUGCCUCAUGAAAGUAGAUAGUACUGCAGCAAGACAGGGUGUCAUAUUACACUUAAACACAGACAUGUAAUUUAGCCACAAAACCACCUUCUCUGUGCGCUCAGUUUUCAACAAUGCUUUAUUCAUAUACAGGGCAUAUGUUAUCCACACAUAAAAUGCCACAAAAUUUGUAUACAACGUUAAAAAAAAAAGAUUAGAACAUUCUCCAACAGUUCUAAAAAAUGUCCCUGCACCAGUUGUAUAACAUAUGUGCACAUUUUCUUAAUGUUGUGGCAUACUUUUUUCCCAAAAAAUAUUGAACAUGUCAGGAAGUGUGCUAAUGUUUAGCGGUAACCCAAUCAAGUCAGUGUUUUACUGACAUUGUUUACGGGUUUAUGGAAAUCAAGAUAUUAUCUUAUGUUUUAUAAAACUUACAUCGUCUACCAGCUUUUCCAAAUCAAAAUCUUGGAACGCUUUCCUACAUUAUUAUUGAAAGCCCGAAUGAUGCUACACAUCAUUUUGUGCAGAUAUCAGCUUUGAGCACUGAUCUAGAGUUAUAGUGGAUUAUAACAGCCAACGGAAUUCAUAUAGAAGAGCAGAAAAUACUGGUUAUUUAAGCCAGGGUAAUAAUGACAUUAGUUGGAAACUGACCCUAGAGAAGUCUAAAGACUGGAAGACAUCUAACACACAAAGGGUUGUCUUAUCUUGUCCAGAUUUAGCAAACAACCAAUAAAUUAAUCUUUCCAUUUGAAUGAGGUUCUCAUCUGUUAGCACACACAAAACAAACUAUCAAAUAUCCUUACAAAAAUAAAAUCCAGACUACUUUCCAAAAGGUAAAUCUUCAAAGAAUUUCCCAAACAUGAGCUGGAAGCACUGUAUUCACCUAUUUUCCUCUUAUUACAUCAGCAGGUAUUAGGAACGUGACAAGCGCACCAAAGGGCAAAACCCAGGAGACAGAAACCCUGAAAAGAGACUUGAGUUUUGGGGUCUGAUAUGGUCAUGUAAACAGACACUGGGCAUCGCAAUGAGUCGGCUGAAGACACUUGGAGGUCCUUGUUGAAACUGUGAGGCCCAGUUCAAACACAUAGAUGAGUUGAGAAACCUGGCUUUACCAAAAGGAAUUUCAAAAACAGUAACAUUUAUCAAAAGCUAUUUUAAAAACCGUCAACAUACACAAACUUAACAAAAUUUCAGGUGUAGCCUGUUUACCGGUUUCAUGAGGUAACUAAAAUGUAUUCUACUCAUUGCAGACGGAGCACAAGCACAAUAACAUUUCACCUUUUUACAUUGAGUGUGGUAACUGUCCUUUUCUGUAUGUCUGUAGAAGAUCAAGGUCCCAGAGAAGUUGGAUAAACUGCUUUCCAAGCAUUCCAAAGUAGUAAACAGGAGCAAGGUUGGAGUUUUACUUUUGGUUGAACACAUACUCUAACUGCAGAAAACUCAUAAAUUGCAGUUAUGUCAUAGAUACUGUAAGUCAACUGGUUUAUAAUGUUUUUGUAUCGAGUUGUACUUCGAACUAAGGAAAAAGUCUGGAAAAUAUUGCUCUGCUACUAUUUACAUUUUUUGUGGGUUCUAUACUGUACACCACUUUUCGAAGCAUUUCUUAAUAAAAAACACAAAACACAGAA